AUGCCUUCCAUCCAGAACCUCAUUUCCCGGAACGCCUCGGGCGUCGUCCGCCGUGACACCGAUGGCGGCGACAUGCUCAACCUCAUGAUUGUCGUUCUCGCGUUGAUCUUCUUCGCCCUCCUCCUCGUCUCCACACUCUUCCUCAUGCGCCGCGUGCGCAGGCAACAACGGCAAGAGAUGCUCCCCACCUACCAAGAGGUCAAGGCUGGUGCCCGCAACCACCACAACCUCACCAUCCAGACAAGCCAGGACGGCCGCUCAAGCGUCCUGUACAUCGGCCAGGACGGACGUUCGCCGAUGCUCCAGAACCCCCAGUCCGCCCCCCACUCUCCCGACAACGUUCCCGAGAUCCACAUCACCUUCCCCGACGAGCAGGACGAGGGUGGCCGCCGCAAGAGCGGCCGCGUGCUGGUCGUCCGUGUUGGUGACGGCGGUUCCGUCGGCCUCGAGCCCGUCCGUGACGAGCAGCUGCCGGCCUACGAGAAGGACAGCAAGUCGCAGUUUUACUCUGUCGACAUGGACUCGAUCGGCGGCCUGCGGGAGAAGGAACGCUUCAACUAA